UUAUGUCCGAGUCCCAGGCCCCUGACUUGAGUGUUCGCCUUGUUUACUCGUGUAGUGAAUUCUUAGAGAUUUUUGUUGAGUCAUUCCGAAACUCUUUCACUUCUCCCGUGAGCCCUGGCUUCUCCUGUAAAUACUACAGAUAACAUCACUGGUAUAUAGGGCCUGUCGAAAUUCCUCUAGUGUUAUUCUAAGAUGGCAGGAUCAGAAGUUCAUUUGUAUGUUUAUGAACUGUCCAACGGUUUGGCACGUCAGAUGUCUCCUCUCCUUUUAGGAAAACAGAUCGAUGGAAUUUGGCACACUGGUGUGGUAUGUUUUGGGAAAGAGUUCUUCUUUGGUGGUGGCGGAAUUGAGAGCUGCCCUCCAGGAGGUACAAUCCUUGGCUCACCAGAUGAGGUUAUGAACCUUGGUGUGACUCAUGUUACAGAAGAUUUAUUUAUGGAAUAUGUUCAUGGCUUGAGCUGUGAUGCCUUCAGGCCAGAGAAGUACCACCUGUUUGAACACAAUUGCAAUACAUUUUCCAAUGAAAUUGCCAUGUUCCUGACUGGCCAGAAAAUCCCAAGACACAUCCAGGAUUUACCAAAAGAUGUCCUUAAUAGUGCAUUUGGUCAGAUGAUCAAACCACUCGUAGACUCAAUGCGUGUCACACCAGCUGGUGGAACAUCUUUUGGUGGUAAUGAGAGAGCAACCCCAUCAGCCAUGCACCAAUCACACAGAAUAGCAUCAAGUGGGAAUUCCUCCAAACAACAAGAAAAACAAAACCCAGAGUCAAUCUUUGAGCCCAGGGAAAGUGUACCAAGACAGAGUCAAGUUCCUGGUGCAAUGGAACUUUUGCCCCCACCCCCAGCUGUGUUUAAUGUCAAUGAAGUUGAAACUAGUUUUGAAGAACUGAAAUCUGGAUUAAUGAGUAGUGGGAACAGUGACAUGUCUUCCUUGGAGGAGCUGAAGGAAUGUGUGACCAAAAAACCAUCUACAGUAACCGAUAAACAUGUCACAUAUAUUGAUAAUUUAUAUCAGCAGCUUACCCAGAAGCAAGGACAGUGUCUGCUGCUAUUGAUGGAAAUUUUACAAGUUCUCUGUUUGAACAAACACUUCUUACAAUUAUCACAAGUUAACAAAUUUUUAAGGUCAGUGAUUAAAGACUUUUCGUCUGCUACAGCAAAAGAAACGGAUACCCAUACAUCAGCCGUUAAAAUGUUUUGUAACGCAACACGCUCUUAUGCUGGUCACUCCCAGCUCGUGACAGACGAAGCCCCACCCCACCUCUCCACAGUAGCAGUUUGCUCCCUUCUGCACGAACAAGAAGAUGUUAUAGCUGCUGGUGCAGCACUUGCAUUCAACAUCGCCAGAUAUACGGUGAAUGAAGAUAUUGCUCUAGAAUGUUCAACUGCGAUAAUAGAGGUCCUAAACAAAGGGACUUGUGGUGAAACUGCUUAUCGUUGCCUUUAUGCUCUUCAGCGGUUUAUGCAAUGCAGUUCAGAGAUCGCCGAUCUUGUGACAGUUAUGGGGGUGGACCUUACGAAAUACCAGGGACAGUCACGUGAUAUAGACGAGCUUUGCAAAGAUCUUCAGGCGCUCAUGAGCUGACUUCAUAUUCUUCCGCAAUAUUUAUAGUUCUAUAUACCACUAUCUUAAAUGCAGAUAAUACUAUCUUUGAUUAUCUUUCAAAUAAAUAAUAUUUAUCACAUA